AUGCAGAGUAAUCAAGAAAAUAUUUGUUUCUUUGAAAAUGAAAAACACCUGUGCAUAGAUCAACAAUUGAUUUUCUUCACAGCGUUUUGUUCAUACAAGACUCAAAAAAGAAGUUAUUCGAGUAUUCACAAAAUGGCUGCAGAGUCUACACUGAGUCCACCAGCUCCAUUAGAUCUUGGGAGGAUGGAAAUGGAGGCAAAAGAAACUGCCAAAAAACACAUAGCUAAUUUGUUGCAGCGACCAGAGCAGUUGGAGAGGGUGGACCAGUACAAGAGAAGAAUUUCUCGAAAAAAGGCAUCUGUGGACACGAUGUUGAAGACUGCUGUACAGUCCCAGCUGGAUGGAGUCAGAACUGGACUAAAUCAGCUACAGAGUGCGCUCCAGGAUGUUUACGAGAUAAAACAGAGACUUGAUGAAGUAGAAGAGGCUUACAAAUCCAUCUCUCCUCUCCAUACAAAACUGAUGGAUCUCAAGAAGGAAAACACCAGAUACUGCCAGCUUGCAUCUGCCAUGGAGAACCUGAAGCACAUAUUUACUGCACCAGAAAUUGUUAGAAAGACGGAAGAGCUCAUCAACGAAGGAAAACUACUUCAGGCCCACAAACACUUGACAGACUUGGAGCAGUCUAGAGAUGACCUUAUGUUUGAAUUAUACAAACAGCCCCAGCAAAGCCCCACAGACAAUAAUACUUUGGAGAAGUAUUUCCGAGAUGUUAUAAGCUUGUCGGAUCAGCUUGGUAAACAGCUGUGGGUGAUUAUACAGAGGACGUUAAUGUCGGUCAGAAGGGAGCCAACUCUCAUUGUUACGGCCCUCAGGAUCAUCGAGCGGGAGGAGAGAACUGAUGAAUUUUACCUCAAGCGGAAAGCCCAGACGGGAUUUAUACCUCCAGGUCGUCCAAAGAAGUGGAGAGAAAAAUGUUUCAGGAUUUUGGAAGAAUCUAUUUCUUCAAGAAUUGAAGGUAAUCAGUUUGAAGACCGAAGUAUCAACAAAAUGUGGCUGGUUCGCCAUCUUGAGGUUACCAGACAACUGAUGUUGGAGGACCUUAAAGUAGUGAAGCAAAUGCUGCCACCUAUUUUCCCACCAGAAUAUAACAUUGUGAGAAAGUAUGUUCAGAUGUAUCAUAAAGCCUUGUCCAAUCAUUUUCAAGAUAUGAUCCAGCAAGGGCUAGAAGGAAAUGAAAUCGUGACCCUUCUGCAGUGGGUGGGGAUUUACAAUUCCCCUGAACUUAUGAGGCACCCGGCGUUGGACUUUGACACCAAAGAAUUUGGUCCUUUGUUAGAAACCACAGCCAUAGAUGAACUACAAAAUCAAUAUCUAAAGAACAUGAAGUUAAACAUAAUGGAAUGGACCAAAAACUCAUUGACACAAGACCAAAAGGACUGGUAUCGCGAUGAACACCCUGACGCUGACGGAGACGGAUAUUAUUCCACCUCGCUGCCAGUCAUCAUAUUCCAGAUGAUGGAGCAGAAUCUUCAAGUUGCCCAAAUGAUUGGAGAAGAUAUGGUUAAAAAAGUCAUAGAAUUAUUUACAGAUGAACUAGCACACUAUGCCAAGGAAUAUAAAGGGGCCAUUCAGAGCUAUAAGGAGAGACAUCUCCAGGACAGAAGUGUUCCCAAAUUCUUCCUGCAUUACAUGAUUGCCAACACUAACAACUGUAUAGCGUUUGGAGAAUACAUGACUCAGCUGAGGAAGCGCUACCUGAAGGAAGAACUCGACAACAAGGAUGAACACAUUUAUAUCAGAAAGGACCGAUUCCAGGUACUCACCGACGAGUUCAACAGGAUAGGAAGUUUUGGGGCAAAUUGUAUAUUGGAAGAAGUAUUCAUAGACCUCAAAAACAUCAAAUGCUUUGAGGAGCUCAUGACCAAACAAUGGCAGCAGAGUACCCACGCUGUGGAGGUGAUAUGCGCCACGUGGAAUGACUAUAGUGUGGACUUUGUCCACCUUAAGCCUGUUUUCCACACAGCUUUGGUAGAGGAAGGGCAGAGAAGGGUUCUAAAGGAAUAUCUGAAAGCACUUCUGUCUAAGAAGCUGUCGUUUAAGACUUACGAUGAGAGGAAGAUGGCUGCAGACAAGAUUUGUAAAGAGGCAGAACAAAUGGCCGCUCUGUUCCACAAGUACACUAACAAGACAGAAGAUAUGUUUGCUGUUUUACCAAUGCUGGCUGAAGUUUUGAGGUUGAGGGAUUCAUCAAUGAUGUCUUUAGAACUGACGGGUCUGGUAACAAAGUACCCGGACAUGAAACCUGAACAGCUGAUAAAUCUACUGAUGUGUCGAGGUGACUUAAGUCGUGCUGAUGCAAGACAGAUUGUAAGUGAUACAGUUGGAGAUGAAGAUCCCCAGAGACAAAGGCCAGAAGGAAUCUUCACAGACAUACCUUGUUAACAACUGACCUGUGCUAGUGUAAUAGAGAAUGGAGGGAAUCUUUACAGACAUACCCUGUUAACGACUGACCUUUGCUUGUGUUAGAGAGACCAGAGGGAAUCUUAACAGACAUACCUUGUUAACCAGACCAAAUCUAUUUAAUUUGACCUGGUCAAAUAUUUGACAACUAUGCUAUUAUUAUAGAGAUGGAUGAUGAAUCUUGUGAAUCAUUGUUUAUUGGCACAUAUUGUUAUGAAUCUCUCUUUUCAUAAAGGGUGACUUCGUACAUAUUUCUGAUGAUAAUGAUCAUGCAGUAGGAUGAUUUAAAUUCUUGUAUAUCUAUGAUGUACAUGUAUGCAUAUUUGGUUAAAUAAGUUAUUUAUAUAACAGUGAGUGAGCAGAUUAUUAUUAAACUGACUGUUCAAUGAUUUAUUUGUUACAGCAAUUUUUGUCUGCAUCUGUCUGUUAUGCAAAAUAUUUUUGUUAUUUACUGCUUUUGUGCAAUAAUUUAUUCAUAAUAAAGAUUGCUUUAAAUGAA